AUGACCCAAAAGCUUAUUGCCGUUGUCGGCGCCACGGGCAAUCAGGGAGGCUCUGUCGCCCGCCGCUUUCUGGCUGCAGGCUACCGCGUCCGCGCACUUACCCGUAAUGUCGACUCACCCUCCGCGGCCGCCCUAGCGGCCCUCGGCUCCGACGUGGAGCUUGUGAGCGCGGACCUCGAAAACGUCACGUCUCUGGAAGAGGCCUUCCGUGGCGCCAAUGUCAUCUUCAGCGUCACAAACUACUGGGAGCCCUUCUUUCGUCCGGACUGCCGCGCAAAGGCAGAGGAGCAAGGCAUUUCAUGCCGGAGGUUCGCAUACGAUGUCGAAUACCGCCAGGGCCACAAUAUUGCUGAUGCCGCAGCUACGGCGCUAGAGUCGCUUGACGAUAACGGGUUUCUGGUCUCGACACUUAGCCAUGCUGAGAAGUGCAGUGGUGGGCGGUUCAAGGAACUGUAUCACUUCGAUGCGAAGGCCGACGUCUUUCCCAACUAUGUGAACGCGAAGUAUCCCGCGCUGGCGGCCAAGAUGUCGUGCAUCCAUACGGGGUUCUUCUACACAAGUUACAAUAUUCUACCUAACUCAUACUUUGGCAAGAAUUCCGAUGGUACAUUUACCAUGGCUUUCACCACCUCUCCGGACAAACCUAUUCCUCACUUUGCCCCAGCAAGUGACAUGGGCAAUUUUACAUAUGCCGUGUCCCAAAUGCCACCAGGGAAAGCUUAUAUGGCGGAAGGAACGACCUGCACUUGGCCACAGUUCCUUGAGACAUGGGCCAAGGUGACGGGUGUGAAGGCGGAUUAUAAGCAAAUCUCGCCCGAAGAGAUGAUUGAAAUGACGGGAGAGCGGGACACAGGCAUCGAAGUCGCGUAUAUGUUCUCUUACUCGUCCGAUCCAGGUUAUGACGGCGGUAUGGAUCUUUUGACUGCCGCGGAUCUUAGAAAGAAUGGCAUUGGCUGUCCCAUGACGACGUGGGAGGAGUGGGUUAAGCAGAACGACUGGAGCUCUGUUCUUAACAGAUAA